UCUCAACUUAUGACAGAAAACACCUUUUUACACACACUGAUUCCUCUCUAAUUUUCACACACAUAUCAUCUUUAAAAACCCUAAUUUUACCCAAAACACAUGCUCAUCAAUCAUCUCCCUCCAACUUCACACAGUCACACACAUUCAGUGUGGUUUGGAUGUUGAAAGAAAGUAAACCACCAUUGAAGCUUUAUGAACUUGAACACUUUACAAAAUGGAAAGAGGAUGGAAGCCCACAGUCGAAAUAUGCCCACCGUGUCCUCGUUGCGGUUCAUCAAACACCAAAUUUUGCUAUUACAACAAUUACAGCUUGACUCAACCAAGAUACUUCUGUAAAGGGUGUAGAAGAUAUUGGACUAAAGGUGGCUCUCUUAGAAACAUCCCCGUUGGUGGUGGUUGCCGGAAAACUCGACGCGCAAAGUCUGUUCGCGUAUCCGACACCACAAACGCCCUUGUACAUGGCGCGGGUGAAUCCGCACGCAAUGUAGAAAUCCGUGGGGACAAUGCGAGUGGAUCCACAAUGAUGCAGCCUACACAUAUUGAUAUUCAACAAGUGUAUGCCAACUUUUUAAACCAAAGGCCACAAAAUGGUAAUCAAGAAUAUGUGAAUGAUCAAGGGUUGCUUGGUGAAGUUGAUCCAAUGGUGUCAGUCGGGUUUUCAAGCAUUCCGAAUAUGGAGUUUGGCGAUUAUGGGACGAGUUUGGAGAGCUUUUUUAGUGAAGGUAAUGGGAUUCAGUUUUGUGGAUACAACUCCGUUUUCAAUAACCACGAGGAUCAUGAAAAACAUUACUUUGGGACAAGUGAUAUGAGCAACUGCGGGUUGCCGCCGUUGCCCGGAGAGGAAUUGGGGUGGUCGGAGUCGAAUAUUGUGUGUUCGGAACCGGUUUUAAACCCAGGGAUUGGACCGGAAGUCUCAGCUGAAUGUUCAAUAAAGAUGUUUGGACAACCGCCGAAACCCGAUGCAAUUUUCAGGCCUUGAAAUACUUAUUAUAUGAGGUGUUGUAAAAUUUAUAUUUAUGUGUUUAGUUGUUAUUAAAAUUUAUAUUGUAAUUAGUUAUAUGUACGUAUGGGUUGAAACAAAAGGAUUACAAAUAAUCUAA